CCGGACGCGGAUUGGCCCAUCUAUACACCCAUACAUGUAUGUACCUUGCUUACAUAAACACCACAGAAGAAGACGUAUCCUAAAGAACCCAUUUUAAUAAUGUGGACUGGAGCGACCAUGAACCGUUCCCCGCCAGUCCUCAUCACUCAUCCCGCAGUUUCCUCCCGCACAUUCUGCAGAAGACGCUCCAUGGGCCAUGGAUGUGUACUUAUCUGGCUUGUUGUUCAGCCUGGAGCUCUGCGAAUAAACACAGACGAGGAAGUGCAAGGGAUUGGAUCCAUAAUGGCAGCAGCAGUGGGUGGACGGUAGGAACUAAGCAGCGGGGGUGGACUUCCUUAAUGGACCUGGUUCAAAUGUAGCACACAUCUGCGUCCUGAGACACAUGCUGCACAUUGUGGACUCUGCAGUGAAUAACAAGCUCACGCGGCUCAGGCAGGACAGGGAUCGGGCCUUCGGUGCAGUCAACAGGUUGCCACGUUCCCUCGUGAUACCUACCUUCAAAUAUGGCCGGAGGGCGAGAGAAUUAAAGGCAUCACAAGAGGCCCCUUUGAAACCCUCCAACUUAGCGUGAAAUCACUGCGCGCCAGCACUUUGAUCCACAAAUGGUCAAGCGGCAGCCGACCAUCGCGCUCCGCUUCCGUGGGGAAAACGCACGCCGGGAACAGCGCCGGCACCCCCCCCCUCCCCUCCUGCACCUGACCGCCUUGAUUUGCUCAGUGAACCGAUCCUCCAGCUAAUAAGCUUCGUGCCUCGCCGCACUGCAUUGCCUCCUCUCUGUCUUCCAUCACGCGUGCCUUUCGACGCGGAGCUGCCCUGUGCAGCCAGAGGUAAACAGCAGAUUGGACCUGUUCUGUUUCCACUUCUAGAAGUGGAGGAGUGGUACCAGUGAAAACGUGGACAUAGACCUUCACUACUACACAAGUUGGGAGGUUAUAAUAAAAGCCUUUGACUAAAGAAACAUGUGAAGACCCUUGUGGAGCUUUGACCUGCAAAUUAGCCUUUAACAACAAAAAGGCCAAGGUCCCCGCCCUUCUUCCCCUUAUCCGUUAUUUCUGCCUCCGCUGCACUUUCCUCGCAGGCUCGUUAAACAUGGAGGCCUGGCAGGCUACGCGCAGGACUUUCUCACCGCACCCUAAAGCAGGAGGUGUAGCUCUUCUGCUGGCCUUCUGGCUCCUAGCAACCCCAACCUUGUGCAGUGGGCAGACAUUUACUAGCUUCCACCCGGAGCGUCGGGACUGGGCCUUCAACCACCUGACGGUUCACAAAACCACGGGGGCGCUGUACGUCGGCGCCGUCAACCGCGUGUACAAGCUCUCGGGCAACCUGACCCUGCUCGUUUCUCACGACACAGGCCCAGAGGAUGACAACAAGGCCUGCUACCCCCCUCUGAUCGUCCAGCCCUGUUCUGAGCCCCUCGUCUCCACCAACAACGUCAACAAGCUUCUCCUAAUAGAUUACUCCCAAAACCGAUUGCUGGCCUGCGGUAGCCUCUACCAGGGUGUGUGCAAACUCCUCAGAUUGGACGAUCUCUUUAUCCUAGUAGAGCCUUCCCAUAAAAAGGAGCACUACCUCUCCAGUGUCAACCAGACCGGCACCAUGUACGGGGUGAUUGUGCCUUCACAGGGCCAGGAUGGCACCCUCUUCAUCGGCACAGCAGUUGAUGGAAAACAAGACUACUUUCCUACUAUCUCUAGUCGAAAGCUCCCCCGUGAUCCAGAGUCUUCUGCGAUGCUAGACUAUGAACUGCACACCGACUUUGUGUCCUCCCUCAUCAAGAUACCUUCAGACACGCUGGCGCUGGUCUCCCACUUCGACAUCUACUACGUGUACGGCUUUGCCAGCGGCAGCUUUGUUUACUUUCUGACUGUCCAGCCCGAGACCCCCGAGAACAGCAUGUCAUCGAGUGGCUCCACCAGCGACCUCUUCUACACCUCUCGCAUCGUCCGCCUCUGCAAAGACGACCACAAGUUCCACUCCUACGUCUCCCUCCCCAUCGGCUGUGUGAAGAACGGCGUCGAGUACCGCCUGCUGCAGGCCGCCUACCUCGGCAAGCCGGGCAGCGUGCUCGCCGCCUCCCUCAGGAUCAGCGCCCAGGACGACGUGCUCUUCACCGUCUUCUCCAAGGGCCAGAAGCAGUUCCACCGGCCGCCCGAUGACUCGGCGCUCUGCGUCUUCACCAUCCGAGACAUCAAUGCGCGGAUCAAGGAGCGCCUGCAGUCCUGCUACCAGGGAGAAGGGAACCUGGAGCUCAACUGGCUACUCGGAAAGGAUGUGCAGUGCACCAAGGCGCCGGUGCCCAUUGAUGAUUCCUUCUGUGGUCUGGACAUCAACCAGCCACUUGGUGGUUCCCAGCUGGUGACUGGUCACACGCUCUACACUGAGACCCGGGACCGCAUGACUUCAGUCACCUCCUACGUCUACAACGGCUACUGUGUGGCCUUUGUGGGCACCAAGAGUGGCCGCCUGAAGAAGAUCCGCGUUGAUGGGCCUCCUAACGGCGGCGUCCAGUACGAGACCAUAACCGUGAUCAAGGACGGCAGCCCCGUCCUCAGGGACAUGGCCUUCUCACUGGACCGGAACUACCUCUACGUCAUGUCUGAGAGACAGGUUACACAAGUUCCCAUCGAGUCUUGUGAGCAGUACGGGACCUGCGGAGAGUGUCUGAGCUCAGGGGACCCACACUGUGGCUGGUGUGUUCUGCAUAAUAUCUGCUCGCAGAGGAACCGGUGUGAACGUGCGGACGAGCCCUAUCGUUUCGCCGCCUCGCUCAACCAGUGUGUGAAGGCAACUGUGUACCCAGACAGCAUCGCCGUGUCAGAGCCCAGCGUACCUAUGCUGGUGAAGGUGACCGACGUCCCAGACCUUUCCGCGGGCAUCACGUGCUCCUUUGGGAACCUGACGGAGGUGGAGGGGCAGGUCAGCGGCAACCAGAUACUGUGUGUGUCUCCUGCCGCCAAGGAUGUGCCGCUCAUUCCCACCGACCAAGACUGGUCCGGCGUUGAGCUGAGGCUCAACUCCAGGGAAACGGGUCAGAUGCUCAUCAGCACGGAGGUCAAGUUCUACAACUGCAGCGUCCACCAACUGUGUCUAUCAUGUGUGAACAGUGCCUUCCGCUGCCACUGGUGCAAGUACCGCAACUUGUGCACCCAUGACCCUUCCAGCUGUUCCUUCCAGGAGGGGCGGGUUAACGCGUCUGAGGACUGUCCCCAGCUUGUGCGCUCUGAGGAGAUUCUCAUCCCUGCAGGCGAGGUGAAGCCCAUCACCCUGAAGGCCAGGAACCUGCCCCAGCCCCAGUCUGGACAGAGGGGCUACGAGUGUGUCCUCCACAUCCAGGGGGUCAGCCACCGGGUCACGGCCCUGCGCUUCAACAGCUCCAGUGUGCAGUGCCAGAACAGCUCGUAUCUGUACGAGGGGAUGAAAAUCAGCGAGCUGCCUGUGGAUUUCUCAGUGGUGUGGAACGGCAACUUCAUCAUUGAUAACCCGGACAAUAUCCAAGUGCACCUGUACAAGUGCGCGGCUCAGAGAGACAGCUGCGGCAUGUGUCUGAAGGCGGAGAGGAAGUUCCAGUGCGGCUGGUGCAGCGGCGAGGGACGGUGCACCCUGCGGCACCACUGCCCUCCCACCAACCCCUACACCACCCGCUGGCUCAACCUGUCCAGCAAGAACGUCAAGUGCACCAACCCACGCAUCACUGAGGUGACGCCGACGGCCGGACCCCCGGAGGGAGGCACGCGGGUCACCAUCCACGGAAUGAACCUGGGUCUGGCCUUCGCCGACAUGGUGGGCAACGUGGAGGUGGCGGGGGUGAGGUGCACGCCUGUGGAGGACGGCUACAUCAUCGCUGAGCAGAUCGUGUGCGAGAUGGAUGCAGCUCCUAAAGACAGCGCGCCGGGUCCGGUCCAGCUGUGUGUCGGCGAGUGCAGGCCAGAGCUCACGGCUCGCUCCUCACAGCACUACUCCUUUGUGACCCCGACAGUGACGGGCCUGUCCCCCAGCAGAGGCCCGGAGUCCGGGGGCACGAAGGUCACCAUACUGGGCCAGAACCUGGACGCCGGCAGCAGCGUCAACGUUCAGUUUGGAAACCAGACGUGCGAGUUCUUCGGACGGACCAUGACGGAGAUAGUGUGCUACUCUGCGCCUUCUGUGUCCGGUGUCGGCCCAGUGCAGAUCAGCGUGAGCGUGGAUCACGCCCAGAUCAGGGAGAGCCUCACCUUUGACUACAUAGAGGACCCCACCAUCCAGCGUAUCGAGCCGGACUGGAGCAUUGCAAGCGGCCACACCCCUCUGGUGGUGACAGGGACCAACCUGGACGUGGUUCAGGAGCCCAGGAUCCGAGUCAAGUACGCUGGCCGGGAGUCUGUCAAUGUGUGUAAGGUCCUGAACACCACCAGCAUGAGCUGCUUCGCUCCCUCCCUCGUGGCAGAGUACCAUCCGGGCCUGGACACCGUGAAGCACGCGGACGAGUUUGGCUUCAUCUUCAACAACGUCCAGGCCCUUCUGGUUUACAACAACACCAACCUCCUGUACUAUCCAAACCCUUACUUUGAGCCCCUCAGCACCACUGGCGUCCUGGAGCAGAAGCCAGGCUCACCCAUUAUCCUGAAGGGCAGAAACCUGGUCCCUCCGGCGUCGGGAGGGGUGAAGCUUAACUACACAGUCCUGAUUGGAGAGACUCCCUGCUCCGUCACCGUGUCCGAGAGCCAGCUGCUGUGUGAGCCACCCAACCUCACCGGGCAGUACAAAGUCAUGGUCCAAGUGGGCGGGCUCCACGUCUCCCCCGGCGCCGUCCACAUCAUGUCCGACAGCCUGCUGACGCUCCCCGCCAUCGUCAGCAUCGCUGCCGGCGGGGGCCUCCUCCUCAUCAUCGUCAUCCUCGUCCUCAUCGCCUACAAGAGGAAGUCGCGCGAGAACGACCUCACCCUCAAGCGCCUCCAGAUGCAAAUGGACAACCUGGAGUCGCGGGUUGCCCUGGAGUGCAAGGAAGCCUUUGCAGAGCUCCAGACGGACAUCAAUGAGCUGACCAGUGACCUGGACAGAGCCGGGAUCCCACACCUGGACUACAGGACGUACGCCAUGAGAGUCCUCUUCCCCGGCAUCGAGGAUCACCCUGUCCUCAGAGAACUGGAGGUGUCGGGCAACGGCCAGCAGAACGUGGAGAAGGCCCUGAAGCUGUUCGGCCAGCUCAUCAACAACAAGGUGUUCCUGCUCACCUUCAUCCGAACGCUGGAAAUGCAGCGCUCCUUCUCCAUGCGGGACCGCGGGAACGUGGCCUCGCUCAUCAUGACCGCCCUGCAGGGGCGGCUGGAGUACGCCACCGACGUGCUUAAACACCUGCUGUCGGACCUCAUCGACCGCAACCUGGAGAGCAAGAACCACCCCAAACUGCUGCUGCGCCGAACCGAGUCGGUUGCAGAAAAGAUGCUGACAAACUGGUUCGCCUUCCUCCUCCACAAAUUCCUCAAGGAGUGUGCCGGGGAGCCUCUGUUCAUGCUGUACUGCGCCAUCAAGCAGCAGAUGGAGAAGGGCCCCAUCGACGCCAUCACCGGCGAAGCCCGCUACUCCCUGAGCGAAGACAAGCUCAUCCGCCAGCAGAUCGAAUACAAAACCCUGAUCCUGAACUGCGUGAAUCCAGACAACGAGAACAGUCCAGAGAUACCAGUGAAGGUGUUGAACUGUGACACCAUCACCCAAGUGAAGGAGAAGAUACUAGAUGCUGUUUACAAGAACAUGCCCUAUUCCCAGCGGCCUCGCGCUGUGGACAUGGACCUCGAGUGGCGCCAGGGACGAAUGGCUCGCGUGGUGCUGCAGGAUGAAGACAUCACCACCAAGAUAGAAAACGACUGGAAGCGGCUCAACACCCUCCUGCACUACCAGGUGUCAGACCGCUGCGUCGUGGCGCUGGUGCCAAAGCAGACGUCCUCGUACAACAUCCCCUCGUCGGCCAGCAUAUCACGCACCUCCAUCAGCCGAUACGACUCCUCGUUCCGCUACACGGGCAGCCCCGACAGCCUCCGCUCGCGCGCGCCCAUGAUCACCCCGGACCUAGAGAGCGGCGUGAAGGUGUGGCACCUGGUGAAGAACCACGAGCACGGCGACCAGAAGGAAGGCGACCGCGGCAGCAAGAUGGUCUCCGAGAUCUACCUGACCCGGCUGCUGGCCACGAAGGGCACCCUGCAGAAGUUCGUGGACGACCUGUUCGAGACGCUGUUCAGCACGGUGCACCGGGGGAGCUCGCUGCCCCUGGCCAUCAAAUACAUGUUCGACUUCCUGGACGAGCAGGCGGACAAACACGGCAUCCACGACACCGACGUCCGCCACACGUGGAAGAGCAACUGCCUUCCGCUGCGCUUCUGGGUGAACGUGAUCAAGAACCCGCAGUUCGUGUUUGACAUCCAUAAGAGCAGCAUUACAGACGCCUGUCUGUCUGUGGUGGCGCAGACUUUCAUGGAUUCCUGCUCCACCUCAGAGCACCGCCUCGGCAAAGACUCCCCAUCCAAUAAGCUGCUGUACGCUAAAGAUAUCCCCAAUUACAAGAGCUGGGUAGAAAGGUACUACGCUGACAUCAACCGGCUGCCUGCCAUUAGUGACCAGGACAUGAACGCGUACCUGGCAGAACAGGCCAGACUCCACUCCACGGAGUUCAACAUGCUCAGCGCUCUCAACGAGAUCUAUUCCUACGUGAGCAAGUACAGCGAGGAGAUCAUAGCGGCUCUGGAGCAGGAGGAGCAGGCGAGGAAGCAGCGGCUGGCCUACAAGGUGGAGCAGCUCAUCUCCGCGAUGUCGCUGGAGAGCUGAGAGCGGCCGGGGCUGAAGGGGAGCGAAAGGGAAGGGACCCCCGUCUCAGGAGCCUCCGAACAAGUCCCGCGUUGCUUUCCUCUUCGCGUGGACACACCUGGGACCCGCGUUUCCUCCCCUUUCCUUCCACGAUGGCACCAGCUACGCGCCCAAACACUGGGGCAGAGCCGCCGCUGCUGAAGGCGUCAGGAAGGAACCACAGCAGAGAAGGCAACAACAUGGCUUGCAGUUAGUUUGUUUUGGUUUUUUUUCCUCACAGUUUGACAGGAAACUGGUUGCAUGAGUGCGAGUUUACGUUGCGCUGGAGACAGCAAAUGGAGGAACAGAUUUAUCUUCCACUCCGUCAGAAACAUACUCCCGGGUGUGAGACGGAGGAGAAACCGAGGAGCAGAUGUCGCGUUGGACAGUUUGCAUUCAGAUCUCUCAGAUUUUAUUUUUGUACUUGUACAUUUGAAUAUUAUGAGUUGCAGUUGAAACAUCCGGCGGGGAUUCGCUACAUCGGGGUGGCGUGUGGGCAGUCAACCAGGCCGUGGUCCACGUCUUCUCUCGCGCCUUCCUUCUUCGGACUGACGCUUCGCUUCGUACCGCACCACACGGACAGGACCGUCGCUAUUUAUCCAAUCAGACGUGUACAGGAACUCGCAGUGGAAGCGCCGUCGGCGGAGCUCUGCUCGCGGAGUUUGCAGUCCAUCCAGCAUCGCUUGCACCUAAACUGAAGACGAUGGGGAUCGAGCCUCCCGUGUAUUUUAGGAGCCUUGGCUUUAGAGGCUGGAGGCAGAUUUGGGCUUUCAGCAGUUGGGUCAUUUGUGUAUGUACCACUCGAUACUUGCCAGUCAGUGUAUGUGAAUGUACAAAAUGUUUGUUUGUUUGUCUAUUUGAGCUUUGCAAUAACAAAGCGGCUCAGCUUCCCUGAGCUCUGCAGAGAUCUGCAGCAGCUCAUCAGCUGGAUGUCUCCAUUCGUCCGUCCUGCGCAUCCAGCUGAUGACUCACCCCGAAUCACACGCCUGCACGGUGGCCGUCACAGCUGGUGACGCCGGAGCAACUGGUUCCUGUAGGAUACACCUGGACACGGUCUCACGUGAACUUUGCAUGCUGUCACACACCAGAGGUGUUUAAGGGUCCGUCGUUGAUUUCUAAUCAAGUGCCAACGCAGCCGCUGGCCAGUAGAGACGUCAGCUGAUGGGAGACACCUACUCGGCCACCACCGUGUUUCUGCAUGGGAAGAUACCGACCCUAGCUGGGUGCAGUUUGACCAAGUGCCAAAAAAUCAUGAAUUGUUCAUUAAUGUGUCAAAUGCGUACGCUUUACAGGGAGCCACGCUCUGUGCGAGCUGGAACACAGAGUUUGAAACUCGUGAAAGGUACGAAACUUAGGCAGGAGAAAUGAGGUGGUCUCUGAAUAACGGAUAAUUCCAAAGCAUAGACGUUACACAGGUGAUGUGAUGCGGAGUAGACGCGACUCCCGACUCAAAACCAAACGGUCACGAGCUAAAAAGUCGAAGGAAUCCUCCGAUCUUGUAGCUGGACGACUCCGGCCGCUGGACACAGUAGGUGAUUUGAUCUUCUUCCGAGAUAUAUGUUUGCUUGCUGUUUACAUCAAGUACUUGAAAAUAGGUUGUAUUAAAGGUUGUACAGUAUACUGCAAGUGUGUGUGUUGAGAGCAUGAUAAACACCGGUAGUGGGUGAAAGGUGCUUCUUUUAUUCGUGGCCUUAGACACCCUUCUGCUUUAGUGUUCUUGAUCUCAUUAGUCCUCAGCCCGGGCACUGUCCUUUUAUUACUACCAGUGAUGUUUCAGUCAAACUUGGCCCCGGCACUCUGCUGAGAACUAUCUCGGCGAGAUAAAGGAGAAGGUGAAGAGGGUAGGGCCCGGCUCAGGCAGACACUGCCUCUCUCAGCACUCGGCCGGCUGGAGCUGUUUGAAGCGGAGUGUCGGGAAACGCGGGGAGAGGUAGAGGUAGCGAGCGAGCGAGCGAGAGAGAGAGAGAGAGAGAACCCCUUUAGCUCUAGUUUCCUGCUCUGGCUUUGAAGCUGCUCUUUGAUCUGAGUUAGUUGUGGGUUCAGUAUGAUCAGGAGAUGGGGAAAAAAAUAAAAAUAAUAAAAAAAAUACAUCAAACUAACAGGCUACGAGAAAUAGAGAAUGAGCUGAUGAUUGAUGUGCUGUUGCUACAUCCGACCAGCAGGGGUCAGAAGUGGGAAAGAGCUGAUGGAAUGUGUUCCCUCAUCCGAACAAGCAACAAGUACACACACAGAUAAUACAUACACAAAGCUUCCUUCUUUUGAUUAAGGCGUCUUCCCAAGUUCAGCAAAUAGUAUUGUAUCCUCCUCAUACCUCACAUCGUCUGUAUGGAGUAGUGCUUGUUAUCAUUUUGAACAGGACCUAAAUGCCUUUUCCUUUUCCAAAGGAUCAAAUGCUUGUUUAUUCCAACUCCUUCCAACACGAGCUCCCCCUGUAUUGAAAAUUGUGUCGAGCGCAAACGAGCGGCGCACAAAUUGCUUGAAAGUGGCUUUGAUUUGACUCUCAGAGAUCGUUUAUAUCAGGAUGUUUACUUUUGUCUUGUGUGAGUUUCUUUUUUGUUUUGUGUUUCUUUUUUUGCAUGUCUUUUGGUUCUGCCUGGUGUUUCGCAUCAAUGCGCGCCGCCAUUAGUCAAACUGCAGUUCUUCCCGAGAGCCCGUUUGUGUACGUCCUCAAUCACAGUUGAAUGCACCUUUGUUCUUUUAAGUAAUAGCUUGUUCCUAUGCUGUACGCUCGUUUCUGAGAAUGUUUUAAUUCAGUUUGAACCGAGGAGACGACAGUUUGUUUACUCGUUCUGCAGCGCAGAAUCCCAUUUGACUGCCAGUUGUAUGAGAUAUGGACAGACGCUCCAUAAACACGGCCUCGUUUCGGCUCAAGCUGAUUGCUAAUUGGAGACGCUUUGUGCACUUGUUUUGUGGUUUUUGACUGGCACAUGCCAUUCCCUACACAAAACGAAACAUGCAGUCAACGUUUGUUCGUUUGUUCAUUGUCGUUCGUUUGUUUGCUUUAUGGCAUCAGACAGAGAAAAUAGAAACCAAUGUAUUACUCUUAAGUCAGAAUAUCACCAAGUAUAAAAUGAGUAUCAUUCCUUUUUAAACACGUUGUAAACAAACCCUUUGUAGACACUGGAGUUCUGUAAAAUAGUAAUUACUGGCAAUGAUGAUGAUGACAAUGAUGAUGAUAAUAAUAAUGGCUGUCUGUUUUUUUUGUUUUAUAAAUGUGUUGUGAAAAUUGUAAGAAACUCAAAGUAUUUAAAAACGGAUGUUCUCUUGUUUUUUUAUUUGGUUUGGUUUUGUUAUGAUAAUAUAUUAUUGUGUACCUAUUGUAAAUAUGAAGCACACCUAUUUUGCAAGCCAAGGAUUCACUUUGUACUGUUGUUAUAUAUAAAUAAACUUUGCUGGUUAAAAACUGAACAGAGCCAGAAUGUGUAUUUGUGUCUUUUUUGUUAACCCUUUGCCUGUUUUGUAUAUUGGGUGUCUGUUAAAUUAAAAUGGUUGUUGUUUCUACAGAGCUACAUUAUUGAAUGUGUUAUCACAGGAACAAAAACGCCUUCGAAUAAACGAUCUUUUACAGUUA